AUGUCCGGGGUCUUUCAGUUUCUGAAGCGAGCCUUUGGUUUCUCGACACGCCGAUCCAGCAAGGAUGUCCUUACAAAUGUCCUGGCGAAGGACUUGACGCGCUUUGCGGAGGGCGAUAGGGUGCUUGUGGAUGACUUGCGAUUAACAGCUCCCCUGCAGCGAAACUCCAAGUCUGAAUUUCAACAUGGCUCACUCUUUCAUAAUGACAUUCUCGGCAAGCCACUUUCGCCUUUCUUUGUCCGAUCGGGGAAGGGCGGGCUCUAUAAGAUUGAUCAUCCUUCGCUGGAUCAAUACGUCUCACUAACUCCGAGACUUGUCACGCCGGUCUACUCGAACUACGCCUCCUCGAUCGUCUCUCUCCUAGACAUCCAUCCCGCCCCAUAUGAUGAGAGAAUACCAUCCAAUGGCGCUUCGUCAAGAUCGCUCGAGAUAUUAGAAGCUGGUACAGGUCAUGGCAGCCUCACACUCCACGUUGCGCGAGCGAUAGCGGCCGCAAACCCUCCCCCUCUUCACAUCGAGUUGCCGCAACUCCAUCCGGUUGACCCUCAACGCUCGGAACUAGCCGACAAGCGAGAUAUACAGAAUAGCAUCAUCCAAGAAUGGAAUCGAUGGAAGGAACGGCGGCGGGCUGUUUUGCAUACUGUGGAAAAGGUGGUCGCGAAUAGAUUCCACGCGGAAAAAAUCGUUCGGGGCUACCGCCAGGCGUUGUAUUGGCCUCAUAUCGACUUCUACGCCGGGGAUGUGAAAGAUUGGGUUGAAGAACAAUUCAAGCUGAGGCGUGCUCGUAAGUGGAAUCUUCUGUCUAGGACCGAAGACAGCUUUCUGGACUAUGUUUUGCUUGAUAUGCCUGGCGUACAUAAGCAGCUCACGCAUGUUCAUUCCGCGAUGCGUGACGGGGCGAAACUGGUGGUUUUCGUGCCCUCCGUGACCCAGAUUGGAGACUGUGCCCGAGUGAUCCAGGAAGGCUCACUACCUUUAACGAUGGAGACGGUGCUGGAACUGGGAGAAGGAAUCAGCAGCGGCCGGCGGUGGGAUGUCAGAAUGGUGAUGCCGCGACGGGCCAAGGAUACUCCCAAAUCUGCGACGUCGACAUUGGCUGAGCAAUCAGAAUCGGAGUCGGAGAAUGAGAAGCUCGCCACUGCCAACAUGAGGGAUGGUGAUAAUAGCGUUGGGCAAGACUCGGCAGACGCAACCGCAGUUCCAUUGCCGGACGAACAGCAGGAUGAACCAGUCAUGGUAUGCCGUCCCUUGGUUGGCGAGCGGACGUUCGGCGGCGGCUUCAUUGCGCUUUUCAGGAAAAUCUCGCCCGAGUCUGCAGCGUUGGCUGUAGAGUGGCGGCGUGGCCAGACAGGGAGGGCCAAAAAGCGUAAUCGCUAA